CAGAGAUCCGAUACGUUAUCAUGGUGCAUUUAUGUUUUAACGAAGCUUAUUGCUCGUGAAUUUUGCCAUUUGCUUAUACUAACCGGUAGCGUCCACUAACGCAAUCGAAACUCUUUCCUGAGCCGGUUCCGUCAUAAAUCCAUCUCAUUCGCAUAACACUCGUAUAUUUCCACUAGAUAAAGGUUAUUUCUAUCUAUAUGAAAUAGUUGUUGUUCUUUUGUUUUGUUCCUGUAUCAUUUACUGAAGCAGAUCUGCCCGGUUUGAAUAUCAGGCCAAGUUACGCUCAAAACCCAUUCAUGCAUCGCUAGAAGCUAGUGAAAACAACCCAAUUUGUUUAAACACCGGCUAGUCUACAUACUCGAGGUGGAGCUAGUGUUCGGAUACACUGGAAACAUAGAAGAGCUAAAAAGGAACCAUACAACGAUUUGCUAGGCCUCUUGAGCUGUCCAGUUGGCGGAAAAGAACUAGAUAUCAAGUAAAUUUUGGGGGCUCUGCGUUUUUCGUUUUGAACUGAGAGAAUCCUCUUUCUGUAUUCUAUUUCCGAGUCUUUUUCUUCUUUUUGCUCGUGUGUUAAAAGCGUCUUUCUUUAUCUCCCCUCUCUUCUAUCACUUCUCACCAUGCAACGGAGGCUAGUGGGCAUCAUUCUGUUGCUCCUCGUGGUCUUCUUGUGGCUUGCAAGUUCUUUUCUUACGAGUGAUUUGCUCAACGAUUCAGACUACUCAAAACCGUUCUUCAUCACGUAUCUUAACACGGGAACCUUUGUUUUCUAUCUCAUUCCCUGGUAUUUUAAACGACGCAAAGCGGAAAAAAGACGGUUGACUUCGGACGUGCAUUUAUAUGAAUCAGUCCGUUCUGAAAAUGACCCGUUUCAAGCCAAUCCUCCUCCACUUACCGAAAAACUCGACGUGAAACAUACAGCUUACUUGAGUGCAGGAUUCUGUGUGCUUUGGUUCUCGGCCAAUUACUUCAGCAAUGCUUCUCUCGGCUAUACCAAUGUGGCUUCUUUCACCAUUAUUUCUUCUCUCAGUGGUUUUUUCACACUUGGCCUUGGUGCCAUUGCUAAUGUGGAACGGUUCAGCGUCGCGAAAUUCUGCGCCUUACUCGCCAGUGUUGCUGGCGUAAUUCUUGUUUCAGUACAGGAUGGAAAACAGGCAGACCAAGGGGUGGAACUCCCGACGAAACCUAUUCUCGGUGAUACGUAUGCACUCAUGGCUGCAUUUUUAUACGGUUGCUACUCUGUACUGAUAAAGUUCCAUGUUCAUGACGAGGAACACAUUUCCAUGCAUUUGUUUUUUGGUCUUGUUGGACUGUUUGACCUGCUGUUUUUAUGGCCCAUCAUGAUUUUCUUGCACAACGCGGGAGUUGAAGUUUUUGAGCUUCCUUCUGAUCUGGCAACGACUGUUGGUUUAUCGAUUAAUGCAUCUAUAACGUUCGUAUCCGACUACCUUUGGGUCAUUGCUAUGUUAAUGACAAGUCCGUUGGUCGUUACUCUCGGAAUGAGUUUAAGUAUUCCUCUCGCUUUGAUCUGUGAUAUUCUCUUUAAGGAUCACUAUACAAGCGUCUCUCUUUUCAUCGGCUCCUUCUUAGUUUUUGUGGGAUUUAUCAUCGUCAAUUCAAAAGUCGAUCCAUAAAUCGUUAGAAACAUACAGGAGCACUCUCUCAUCAUGUAGUGGACAUGCAUUCAGCAGCGUCAACGAAACCAAACUUCACAUCGCCUCUUCCUCUCAACAGGUUUUCCUUUUUAUUUCCUACCUCCCAUACAUAAACUAACAUGGGGUCUCCAAAACAUCACCAGACGCACUUUUUCACAAGUUGCUUCAACUGUAUCAUGUUGUGUUCUUAUAUUCUGGUUCCUAUACAAGCAGCAUGUUCCAUGCAUUUUGUCUCUGGCAAAAAUUUGCUCGCUUAUUCAGUUUUCCUAUAUUCUUUCGUUCGUUCAAUCUUAAUAGUUCGGUUACCUUCUUUUCAAUGUUUAUUGAUUGUGAAAACCCUG